CCGAGGCUGGCCUCGAAUUUGCGAUUAUCCUGCCUCAGCCUUCUGAGUGGCUAAAAUUACAGGAGUGACUCUUUAAAAGUUAAAGCGGUCCCACUAUACAGUCAACAUCUUUGUUGCCUGCCUUAUGAACCUUCAUAUUCUUGUCAUGAGCUUAAAACCCACCAGAGGGCGCUCGUUCCCUGUCGAUCUAGACUUUCAUCAGCGACUCAGAAAAUCCAGGUUAAACUUGAUUUUAACAUUCAGGAAGUCUUUCACACUUAAUCCACAAAUAUUUGCUGAGAAUUUAUCAUGCUGCUAGUUUCUCAUGAUGCAGUGGUGUGUUAGGCACGAUCCCUAUUACUAGAGACUUAGACUGGAGCAAACACUGCUAAGAUAAAAUGGGAUAAGAGUUUUUGGAUUCAUGAAAUUUGUUGUUUGACAUUAGCCCCAACCCUAGAGCAAUUCAUUCAGAGAUCCUAGAGUGCUUCUGCUCUGUAUCCGGGGCAACUAUCUCCGCCCCUAAGGUGUUUGGUCGGGCAUCAGUCCGGACCUCCCCUUAUGCGGCUACAGUCGGCUACGCAGGACCCCUUCUGUCGCCUUUUCUAGCGAUUCUUUGCAGUUCGCUGUUCGCUUCUGCCCCCAUAUCAAUACUUUAAUUGCCUUCCAGGCCAAGUACAAGGAAUAACCUACAAUUAUCAGUGAUAGAUGGCGCCGCCCAUUCUCUUUCAGUUUAAAACCCGCGGGCUUUUCCUGUUUGGAAUUGCUAAAUUUACCGUCCUGAUUCUCGCGACAGUUCCUAAACCUCGCGAGAAGUUCGCUUUUCGUCCCUCUAAAAGAGUUUGAGGCCCUGUUGGCGGUGUACUUCUCGGUAUUACACCUCGUCAGAAUAUCUCUGGUCGGGAGUGCCGUUUGCACGGCUUGGGAGCCCCCUAAGAGAAAGGCGUGGUCGAGUUCAAAUGAUCUCUCGAAGGCAGAGAACUUGGGUCUCCUCCAAGGCUCACUCCGGGGCGCACAGCGCCUGCGCGGCAGAUCCGCUGGGUGGACCCCCGUUGCUGCGAGGCAAAGGCUGUGGCGGCCUGGCCUGCGGGGCUGAUCCUGACUAGAUGCCGCCCCUUCCCUGGCAGCAAACCCCGAUUUCCGCCCCUAUAAACUUUACUGCCACGAGGCUUCAGAAAGCCUCUCGGUGUAGGCAGGGGCGGGAUCUGGCAGACCUGCGUGGGGUGGGCGGGCUUCCAAGGGUGCUCUCUUCCCCGCCCCCAGCCCAAAGUGCCACGGUGGCGCUGGUGGCGGCCGCGAGACUCAGUGCCUGUGGCCCUGCCAGUCUCGCAACGAUAACCCGUAAUCCGGACUGGGAGCUACACCCGCUGGGGAGGCGCCCAGCCCGCCUCUCCCCGCAGCAGCUAGUUAGCUCCGACCUCUAAUCACCCCUCUCAUCCCUGGACUGAAGCACCUGCCGGAAGUGGGUAGGGAGGAGGCCAGUUGUAGGCAGUCAAAAGUAAACGCCAAGAGCGGUGCGUGCCUGAGUGCAGAAACUGGGUGGGCAAGGCUACGCUACGACCACCUCCGGGAAAGCCAGCCCAAGGCUGCGGGGAGACGAUGUUGGCUUACCCUGCCUUCUAGGUGCACCCAGACAUCGAGGUGAAAUGCCUUGGCACCAGAGCAGCUGCUCUAACCACCCCCUGGGACUGUAAACUCAGAUGGGACAGGACCAAGACGUUAAGCCAAACUUUGAACUUCCCAUCCAUCCUUCUACUCCCACUCCCAGUCUCCAGCUCUCUCACUCUUCCUUCUUUCCCAGCUUCGGUGUCUAGUUACGGCUCUUUUGCUCUCUCUUUGUGGCUUUGGACCAGGCUGGAAGGAAAUGGCCCGAGACGGUCCCGUGCGGCUGCAUAAAAUUGGCAGCUGCAGAAUCAGGGGGAAGGAGGGUACGCGAAGUCGAGGGGCGGGGAAAAGGGGUGGAGGAGCUGCUUUUCGAAUCCAAGCCCUUGGGCUCUCGGAAAUCUUCUGGCAUCAGGCGGGAGCAGAGGUGGCAGGUGGGCCCAGGGGACUGUGCACCUCUACUGUUUCCACCUCCUGCUCUUUCCGACUGGAUUCACCAAGCUGCUCCUGAGGGCCUAGUCCGGGACAAUAGCAGGGUGCCACCAACGCUCUGAUGCCCCGAGUGCUCACAGGGCUUCCAGCUAAGCAUGCUGCAGUUGCCUUGGCGCUGCCCCUUCUACUGCUACUGCUGGUGGGGUGGAUGCCACCACCGAUCAGCGCAAGGCCGUCCCCAGGCCCGGAUUACCUGCGGCGCGGCUGGCUGCGUUUGCUAGCGGAGGGAGAGGGCUGCGCUCCCUGCCGGCUAGAAGAAUGCGUCACGCCUCGGGGCUGCCUGGCGGGCAGGGUGCACGACGCGUGCGGCUGCUGUUGGGAAUGCGCCAACCUCGAGGGCCAGCUCUGCGACCUGGACCCCAGUGCUCAUUUCUAUGGGCGCUGCGGCGAACAGCUUGAGUGCCGGCUGGACACAGGCGGCGACCUGAGCCAUGGAGAGGUGCCGGAGCCGCUCUGUGCCUGUCGCUCGCAACGCCCGCUCUGCGGUUCCGACGGCCAUACCUACGCCCAGAUCUGCCGCCUGCAGGAGGCAGCCCGCGCUCGGCCCGACACUAACCUCACUGUGGCGCAUCCAGGGCCCUGCGAAGCCGAGCCUCAGAUCGUGUUGCAGCCAUAUGACAUUUGGAAUGUGACGGGGCAGGAUGUGAUCUUUGGCUGUGAGGUGUUUGCCUACCCCAUGGCCUCCAUUGAGUGGAGGAAGGACGGCUUGGACAUCCAGCUGCCAGGCGAUGACCCCCACAUCUCUGUACAGUUUAGGGGUGGACCGCAGAGAUUUGAGGUGACCAGCUGGCUGCAGAUCCAAGCUGUGCGUCCCAGUGAUGAGGGUACCUACCGCUGCAUUGCCCGAAAUGCCCUGGGUGAGGUUGAGGCUCCUGCUACCCUGACAGUUCUCACACCAGAUCAGCUGAACUCUACAGGCAUUCCCCAGCUGCGAUCACUGAACCUGGCUCCAGAGGUGGCUGAGAGUGAAGAGAAUGAGGAUUACUACUAGGUCCAGAGCUCUGGCCUAUGGGGGUGGAUGAGUGGGUAUAGUAUUCAUUCCUGCUUGAGAAGACCUGGAAGAGACCUGAAAAGGGCUAGCGAGCAGAGAGCAUACAUGAAAUAGCUGCAGAUACCAGAAUCCUCUUUCCACCAGACUUCCCUCCAUCCCUGCUUAGCCAGUUUCUCCUAACUGCCUUUUCCCACAGACCCUUGUUCCUGCAGUUUUUUUUCCAUAUUCCCAACCUUUGCCUAGCCUCAAUUUAUUCUUCCUCAAAACUCAUAUUCCAUCCAGACAUGGUGGUGCAUACCUAUAAAUCUCAGCCAAUAGGGAAUCUGAGCAGAAGGAUCACAAGUUCAAAGACAGCUUUAGCAACUUAGCAAGGCUCUGACUCAGUGGUUAAGUACCCCUGGGUUCAAUCCCUGGUACCAAAACAAAACAAAACCCUCACAUUCCAGAAGUUUUCCCUCUCACCCAGAUAUUAACUGUAGUUCUUUUUUGUUGUUCACCAUCUGUUGUACAAGAGAGCACACUGAACAUGGUUUAGUUCAGUGCAGUAAAAGGGGUAGGGCCAGCUCCAAAUCUUGUAUCAUUCUGUUGUGGACAAAGCCUACCUAGCACAGGAUUAGGCACAAUAGGCAACAAUAAAGAUUUAUAAACCAAAGUA